AUGAAACCUCUCACCACCUUUCUCCUCGCUCUCUUCAGCACCUCCUGCCUCGGAACCCCAACCGGAGAAACCAACCAACUCAUCACCUCAGAAUGCCUCCUCAACGUCCCCAACGGGCUGCAGCUCUGCGUGGACAAGAAGACUACGACUGGAAAUAUGCUUCAUGGGUGGCCUUGUGAUCAGGCGAAGAAGACAGCGAGAAACUCCCACGUUUCUUUCACGGCUCAAACUGCGCCAUCAAAGUAUGACUUAUCUGGAAGCAGUCCUAGCGCUGCUAUUCCUCAGCAACAGCGCAGCCUCGCCCACGAAGCGUCCAAGAGAUUACCUACUAUUGGUGAGCGCGACGAGAUGAUGGAAAAGAUUCUAAUCAUGCUCAUCUCCGUUCUCCCAAGCGAUGUGGGUUCGACACGACAGGCAGGGCUGUCUGUGUCUGGCCCGGACAAGGCUCUGCGAGUGAGGUCUUCGCGGUUCCUUGUGACCCCAAUGCUCUCUGUACUGCGACUGGGAAUGAUUGUACGAUCAGAUAUGGCGACGGCGGUGAUACUCCGUUGGCGAAUUGUACUUGACGCGGAGCAUGGGAUCUGA